UUUGUUAUAAGCGUGAAAACGUUGUGAAUCCGUGACAGAGACACCAACGUUGUCAUCCCUUCCUUCUAUUUUCCACUUUUACACUUCUCCUUCUUCAAACCUUCCUUUUAAAUUCCCGCAUCAUCUUCACGAUUUCCCAGAUCCGAAAUACCCAGAAGGGAAAGAUCGAAGCUUUGGAUUCAAACAUGUGUUGUGGGGGGAGGGUCUGCAUGCUUUGCACGUGCCUCAUUCUGGUGGUGCUCGCCAUCGGCUUGCUGUUCGGCUUCGGAGUCUUCAAACAUGGCUUCCACAAAAUCAAAGACACCGUCAGUUUCUGCGAUUCAUGCGGUGGCGCCGCUGGAGGAAGGCCAUUCUUGGGCCACGCGCCGCCCCCCUUCUUCUAGUUCACUCUGUUCUUCUUGUUUUCUGUUAAUUGUUUUGGGGAUUUGUUUUAUUCGUUAGUUAGGGUUCGCAUUUGUAAUUACAUGUUUUUUUCUUGGGAUUCAUUUUCAUUUUCUAAUGAAUUGUCUUUCUUGUUAUUUUUGUU